AGAGUUAAAUAAAGCAAAGGCGCCACACUGUCUGAGUCUGCCGCUCGAUAAACUAGAUUACGUGCUAACGCGCCGAGCUUUUUAUUUUUUUACCCUUUUUCUUCCUUCUCUAUCUCUCUCUCUCCCUUUUUGUACCGUGUCCGUGUCAUAUUAUGUCAGCCACCGUUGAGACCGACAUCGCUAAGGAAACUGUGUCACAACUUUGUUGCGAGUUUCGUUACAUAUACAGAAAAGGAGAUUCGAAGAAAGAAAGAAAGAAAGAAAGAAAGAAAAAAGUCAAGCAAAGUUUCUGUCAUAAGUAAUGAAAGAUUUACGAUGAACAAAGUCACAACAAUAAGCAAUAACUUAAUCUGGAUUAAAUCGAUUGAAGUCCCUCGAAGGAUUUUAUUCUUGGAGGAAAAGGGAAAAAAAAGAAAGGAAAAGAAAAGAAAAGAAAAGAAACGAGACAGAAUAAAAAAAGAAAGAAAAACAGGAAAUGUUGGCUAAGAUGAUUCGAAUAUCCUCGAAGUUAUCGAAGGAUUUCUGGUUGAGAUUGGCGCCAUCUUUGAACGACACUCCUGCAUAUGCCGUGGCCUCGACAGGACGCGUUGUCUAUCAUAGAAAAAGGAAGAGAGAGACGUAAAGAGAAAGAGAGAGAGAGAGAGAGAGAGAGAGAGAAAGCAGUGACGUCAACUGCGGUAACUGAGAGAGCGCCGAUGCAGGUCGGCGAAACGCAUGCGCGACACUACGAUCGAUUCUUUCGUUUUCGAGCGCGCACGUCACGCGACGCCGCGCAAACCAGCCGAAAGCAGAGACACGCGCGCGGGUGGACUCUUCCUAAAGGGAGGAACGAUAUUGUGUCGGGCAAAAAGUAGCGAGGAAUGAUAGAAGAGAGACGUUGAGACGAAAAGAAAAGAGUUUGCCUCGAUGAUUCAGCCGAUUGUCGAAAGAGAGAGAAAUAUUUCGGAUUGUUCGAGAAGAUCGUCCGAGAAAAAGUAGAAAAGAAAAGAAAGAAAGGAAGAAAGAAAGAAAGAAAAAACAAACUUAUCGAGGAUUUGAAAGGAUUCGAGAAAUAGAUAAGAAGAAGGAACAAAGAGGAAACGUCGUUGGGUGUUGCUCGAUCGUUAAACAAAGUUUUAAUCGACGGUAUUAAAAUGUAGAGAGUUCGAGGAUCGUUAACAAAACGAAACCGAUCCGAUCGUUCGAGAUUAGCAUGUAAGCCAUCGAGGUAGAUCGGGGAUCGAAGGAUCAUCGAAAUAUCGUCCAAGUUGAGGAAAAAGCCGGCACGAUGCCGAAGCAAGUGCCGGUAGAGAACUUAGUGAUACCACCGCAGGACGGUAGGAUCUGCGGUACCAUCUGUAUAUGUCAGAUGACUGCGGUUUUAUCGUCGGUCGCAUUGGUCUAUUUAACUGUGGCGAUAUAUAUGCCGAGUACGCGAGCGUUUCAAUCGGGUAUCAGCGAGGUUCCGGCAAUGUGUACGACGAUUCGAGCCGUCAACGCCGACAACUGCGAGUGGGGAAGCUGCGGCGAAUGGUGUUUAUCGAAAACGUCCGGUCCUUGCGUACAAAUCCACGUGAAUCUUCGACGAAACGGUUCGACUAUACUUCUCGCCAAUUGUACGAACACAACGAAUAAGACUUGUUACGGUAUAGAUCAGGAAAACGCGAAAAAGUCCAAGUGCAUAGCAGACGAGUGUCGAAAUCUUACCGGUACGUUUAAUUGUUCAGCAGGGACGUGUAUAAACAUAACCGACGCGUUCGAGUGUAUGUUUCAUGAUACCGAUCCGCCGUUAAAGUGUUCCGGUAGACGUGGCAAAAUAACUUGUAUCGACAUAGACGGUCUUUUUAAUUGCAAUCGAGGUACUUGCGAACGCAUAAGAACGCCUUACAAUUGCGACCGACGUUGCGUCGAUAUACCAACUAGAAAUAAGAACAUGAUACUUUUAAGUGGGGACAAGGUUUAUCUCAGUCAAUGUGAAAGAGCUAUAGACGUGGAGACUAAUCGAGAGAUAUGGCACGAGGAUCGAGGCGACGUUAUGAUGGCCUCGUGUUAUGGUAUAUUUAAUUCAACCCUUGGCGUCGAGGCUGUCGAUUGUAUUAACGGAUCCGUAUUAGAAAAGGAUCUUCUUACCGAUCUAACCAAUUUCACUUAUCUCUCGUAUUUAAAUAUAUUUGCGACAAAACCUUUGGACGAGACAAGAAUGGUGGCUCCACCCGAACAAGAUCUCAUAAUAGCUAACGAGAGUCGUUUGCUUAUCAAUCUCGAAGGAUGCGUUAACACCCUUCGCGAUGAGUGUAAAGAUUUCCUUCACGAAUACGGAAAGGAUGGUUCCGAUCACAACGCUAGAGCUAGAUUCCCUUGUUAUUAUGCAGAUGGUAACACUGGUAUCGUCGUGUCACGUUUUAAUCUCGAUACGACUUAUAAAGAAUUCUUGAUCGCUUUUAUUCUACCGAGCAUACUCUUCAUCGUCAGCUGUCUCACGCUGAUCUUUUGUCAGCGCACGGUGGUGGUAGGAGACGACGCGAGGAUGAGAUUCAAAGGUUCACCAGGUGCUCUAGCGUCGAUAGAGAAGAGCGCCUCGGGCAACGUAGGGGAUGCUGGCGGAGGAGAUUCCGUCAUGGCGCUCUGAGAUCCGUCACGCAUUCCCCUCCUGGAGGAGAGUCCGGCUCGUCAGUCGAUAUUCUCCCUGCGCGGGCACUAUUGAAGUGUGGGGAGGGGGGGAACGCGUGGUUCAAAUUCUCAUCUCGAAAAUACUUUUAUGAAAAUUUUCAAGAAAAUAAUAAAUAAAAAGAAGGAGAAGGAGCUAAUUGAAGUCCAGUAUCUUCUUUACGCACUGCCCGCAGCACAUUUUUACGCAUCCUACAAGCGCGCACGGUGCUUCUUAUCACGCGUGCUGUAAUGCGACGAGAAGGAGAGAAACAGUGAAAAAAGGAGAAAGAAAAAGAGAGAGAGAGAGAGAGAGAGAGAGAGAGAGAGAUCGAAAAAAAGGAAAGGAAAGUAAAAAGUGAAAGAAAGAAAAAAAAUAGGCUUCUUGUUGGCUCCGCCUCUCUUUUUUUAUGUACCGUCGAUGAGUGUUUAUUACACGACUCGUUCGGGAGAUCGUUCGAAGAAAUACGAUAGAUAAGCUUUUUAUCGUGAAAUAAAAUAUAACAAAAAAAAAAAA